GAGCACUGUGUGAACAGAGGCAGUGAGGCAGUGGAUAUGAGCACAUCAGAGCUGGAGUCAGAACAGAGCGGAGCUGCCCUAACAUGCCUCCCCUGACACAGCACAGCUACCUCUGCACUCAAAUGAAGGUUUGGAGUCGAAGCUGAGAAUGGCAGGAGAUUCUCGUGUCCACAUGGACCACGACAUGGAGAUAGGAGUGACACCGAGAGAGCAGGUGAAGAAACUCCCCAAACACCUGAGGGAAUCACAAAUUUCUACAGAUCGCACUCACCUCAUCUCAGACCCCGUAAAGAAACCCCGCCAGCGCUAUGUACAGAAAGAUGGCAAGUGCAACGUUCAUCAUGGCAACGUUCAAGAGACAUACCGUUAUCUCAGCGACCUCUUCACAACACUGGUUGACUUGCGUUGGCGCUUAAGUUUCUUCAUUUUCACACUGGUCUACGUAGUCAACUGGCUCUUCUUUGGCUUCUUAUGGUGGCUUAUCGCACUCAUACGAGGAGAUCUUUUACACACAGAUGAAGAGGGCUGGACCCCUUGUGUGGAAAACCUCAACAGCUUCGUUUCAGCUUUCCUCUUCUCCAUUGAAACAGAAACCACCAUUGGAUAUGGCUACCGGGUCAUCACAGAGAAGUGUCCAGAAGGGAUCAUUCUCCUACUGGUGCAGGCCAUCUUAGGAUCCAUUGUAAAUGCCAUGAUGGUGGGUUGCAUGUUCGUAAAGAUCUCACAGCCCAAGAACCGGGCCGAGACACUUAUGUUCUCCCACAAGGCUGUGAUCUCGGUGAGGGACAACAAGAUGUGCCUGAUGUUCAGAGUGGGUGACCUGCGGAAUUCACAUAUUGUGGAAGCGUCAAUCCGAGCCAAACUCAUUCGUUCACAGCAGACCAAGGAGGGCGAGUUCAUUCCACUCAACCAGACAGACAUCAACAUUGGCUUUGACACAGGAGAUGAUCGCCUCUUCUUGGUAUCACCCCUCAUUAUUUCACAUGAGAUCAAUGAGAAGAGUCCUUUCUGGGAGAUGACCCGGGCACAAAUGGAGAAGGAGGAGUUUGAGAUAGUAGUCAUCUUGGAGGGCAUGGUCGAAGCUACAGGCAUGACCUGUCAGGCACGCAGCUCCUACUUGGACUCGGAAGUGCUGUGGGGCUACCGCUUCACCCCAGUGCUUUCUUUGGAAAAGGGCUUCUACGAAGUCGACUACAACAACUUUCAUGACAUAUACGAGACCAACACUCCCACCUGCAGUGCCAAAGAACUAGCUGCUAGACUAAAAGAGAGCCCACUUCUUCCUCACCUCCCUCUUCUUAGCCCUGACCUUGGACAGCACACGCCUGACCCCUUCUACAUCCAAAACCCCCCAUCUACGCUGGAGGAGAGGGAGAAGGAGGGAGAGACAAACAAUGGCUCUGCCAACCAUUUGGAGGAAAAUACCUAGCUGGAGAGCCUUCUCUUAACAGACUCAAGGACUGUGUAGUGAUUGGAAAGCUACUUUUCCCUUGCAUGGAGAGAUAUCCUUGCAAUAGCCAUGCAAUACAACCCCUGAUUCCUCUAGAGAGCCGAGCUGAUGUGUAGACUGAGGGUAGAUGCACAAAGAGAUGAAAAUCCAUAUUUAUAAUGCAUAUGUUAUUGAUGCCUACAAAUUACAUGCAUACUUUAUAAUCUCUUUUAGCUUUUUAAACUCAUUUUCAUGCUAUCAAUCAACAUCCUGUACUGCAAGGACAAAAGAGUAGCCAUAUGCACUUCAAUCCCCAAACAAAUGAAUGACCCAGAGGGCUUCCUGUGAGGUCACACCCUUUAGUACAACCAUUGCAAAUCAGCUUUAAUAGAAUCCCAAUGCAGAGACUCUUUGAAAAAUGGAGCCAAUAUCAAAAUUGCGCCAAUGCUUGUGUGUUUAACUAUGAUGAAGGCCACAAUUAUGGACUACAGUUUUAUUUCUUCAAGCUCUUUUAGCUAAAUUAUAUUGUAUAUUUUCUCUGUAUUAUAAUUAUGAUAUCAAUUACCCCUAAUUCAUUAUGAGGUACAUAUUGUAUAAGUUAUGGCUUGCAAAAUUAGAGCCAAGAUGGAAAUUAUAUUUAUUACACCAGAUACAAGCACAACCACUGCAGUGACAGAUGUGCAGUAUGCAAACCUGCAUUCAAAUUAAAACACUGGUGAAAAAUGAAAGUCAGUUGAUCUGGUUUAAGAAAUGUUGCACAUCUAUUGUCUCUAUGAAACAUAUGGUAACAAUUUACAUUAAUGUUCCCUUAGUUAAGGGUUUAUAAAGGGGUUCAUUGAGGACCAAUAAUUCAUUUACAAAUGCAUUAUAAAUCAUUGAUGUGCAUUUAUAACAACAUGAAUAAAAAGGGAGACUGUUAUGCAAUACUGUCAUCCAAUACUUGCCAAAUAGCAAGCCAUUUUACCUUAUGUGGGAUAAAUGCUUAAUGACAUUUAUUCAACAUUAGUAACCUAUGAAAAUGUACCUUAAUGUAAGGUGGACACAUAUGAAGAGUUUAUUAAGGAGUUGCCAACAUAAGAAACCUAUGUACAUAAAGUUCAAUAUGUUUUAGUGGUCAACAGAAUUUAUUAUAUGAUAUAUCAUUUGAAUGAGCAUGAAGUCCUGAAAAGUAUUUUUGCAGAAAAUUUAUUUAGUUAUGACAAGGUAAGUUGGGACACCACUCAGAGUAGUACCAUUCUUUUGACAUCAAUGUGACAUGGAAAUUGACAACACAUGUGAGUCAAGACAUUACGGUAAUCACUAUAAAAACAAAUCGAGCUGUAACAAAAUGACAUAAUCCCUCUUUUUAAUCUCUCUAUAAUAGUCUAUGUUUGCUGCAUUGUGACACACAUCAUGAAUUUAGGUAUUUUAGUUUUUAUUUUAAUUAUUAUUUAUAAAAAAGAUAUAUUAAUAAGUGUAUUUAUUAAGCAUUUAUAACAUGUAGGUUAAAAUGCUUACUACUUGGCAAGUAUUGCAUGCAAACCUCCAUUUUUAUUCAUGUUGUUAUAACUGCUUAUCAAUGAUUUAUAAAUAGCUUAUUAUCACUUUCAUGAACCUCUUUAUAAACACUUAACGGACACACUUUAUAUUAGGUGGCCUUAACUAAUAUGUACUUAACCAUUUGGUACAAUGUACUUAUUAUGUACAUACAUGUUGUUACAAUGUAAUUACAUCUGAAGUACCUGCAUUUAAUUACAUUUGUAGUUACACAGUUAACUUUACUCCUAACCCAACCCUUACCCCAAAACCUAACCCCUUAUCCUAACCCUAACCCUACAUUUACUCUUAAUUCUACCCGUAACUCAACCUCAGUAGCUGCAAAUGUGGAUAUUUUGCAGAACAACAUGUUGUAACACAGUAAAUACAUUGUCUUGUAUGUAUUUAAGGUUAGUACAGAGUAGUUAAGGCCACCUAAUAUAAAGUGUGACCCCCUUAGGAAAAGGAACAUUAAUGUGAAGUGUACCAAAAUACAUUUGUAUUUCUUAGUUGAACUGCUGAGUUCAGUCUUUCCCUGUCCUGCUGUGAAGCUCCACUCCUGGACUUGUAUUUUGUCUUUAACAUGUUUGAUUUGUGUGCAAGUUUGAGUCCACACAUAAGACUGUCAGUCCUAUUUAUAACAGGUCUAAAGAACUUUUUCAAAGCAAGCAUGAAUCUGAACCUGGAAGGCAAGUUCUAUACACUUUCUGUACAGGGUAUUUUCUAAGGCAUGCUGACUUCAAAAACACAAAAGCUUUCAACAAAAAUUGUAAAACUAAAUAAUUACUUGAGUGGAGAGCUCCAUUUUGAGCAGAGACAAUGGUGCAGUAUUUUAAAGACUACUUCACCCCCAGCUGAGAGCUUAUUUGCAUUUUAGACAGAACUCACCUAUAACAAGUCAUUUUCACAGAAUAUUAUAUGUAUAUAAUUAUAUAUUAUAUG